UCUUAUAUUUUUUGUUUCCAUUCUCUUUUUCUCCCCUUGUCGAAGGGAGAAUCGCUAGAUGCAUACGAAACCCUAGAAAUUUAACUCAAUCUCUUAUAGAAAGAUGGGAGAUUUCAAUAGCAACAACAACGAUGCGUUUAAUCGCAGCAGAGAUGCUGCUGCAGUUCAAGCUCGCACUAAAGCUCAAACUCGUGCGAGUGUUCUUCAAUUAAAACUGAUUGGUCAGAGCCAUCCAACUGGUCUUACAAAUAAUCUUCUGAAAUUGUUCGAGCCACGAGCACCAUUGGAAUACAAACCGCCUCCUGAGAAAAGGAAAUGUCCGUCAUAUACUGGAAUGGCGCAAUUUGUUGGGAAAUUUGCUGAACCCGGAGAUGACGAGUAUUCUCCACCUGUCAAGGAAGGUGAAACUGCUGUGCAAAGAAGGGCAAGAGUUCAUAAACUACGGUUAGAAGAGGGUGCUAAAAAGGCGGCUGAUGAGCUUGAGAAAUAUGAUCCUUCAAAUGAUCCAAAUGUAACGGGUGAUCCAUAUAAGACGUUGUUCGUGGCAAGGCUUAAUUAUGAGACAACUGAGCACAGAAUCAAAAGGGAGUUUGACUCAUAUGGGACAAUCAAACGGGUUCGCAUGAUAACAUACAAAGAGUCGAAUAAGCCAAGAGGCUAUGCUUUCAUUGAGUAUGCCCAUACACGAGAUAUGAAAGCUGCUUAUAAGCAAGCUGAUGGGAGAAAGCUGGAUAACAAACGAGUCCUCGUGGAUGUGGAACGUGGUAGAACUGUUCCAAACUGGAGACCUCGCAGACUGGGUGGUGGUCUUGGAUCAACCAGGGUUGGGGCUGAAGAAGUCAAUCAGAAGUAUUCUGGCAGAGAGCCUCAGCAAGUAGUAUCUGGAGGACCAUCUCGAUCAGAGGAACCAAGGAACAGAGAAGAGCGCCAUGUUGACCGGGAGAGAGAAAAAUCCCGUGAAAGGGGGAGAGAUAAAGAUGUGGAACAUGAGAAACCUCGUGAGAGGUCCCAUGACAGACCACGAGACCGUGAAUCAAGAGAGGAUAGACACCGUGACAGGAAUAGAGACAGAGACAGAGACAGGGACCGUGGGCAUGAUCAUGAUCGUACACGCGAUCGGAAUCGAGACCGUGUUCGUGACUCUGAACGGGACCAAGACCGGGAGCGUGAUCGUGACCGUCGAGAUCGCCCCCGUGAUAAGGACAAGGAUCAUGAGCGAGAUGAUUCGGAGGUUGAUGGUUUCCGUUCCCGUGACAAGGAUUCAGACUAUGAUCGUGUUGAAUCAAAGCACAGACGAAGCCGGCAUAGUGAGAGAGACAGGGACACUGAGCGGGAAUCUGCACAUGGCUAUGAUCAUAUGGAGCCUCAGGGCGAUCGUGAUCGUUAUGAUGCUGAGCAAGACCGCUAUGAUCAGAUGGAGCCAGAGAACUAUGAAGAUGUCCGUGCAACUUCUGAGUCGCGUGAAAGGGAGAGAACCAGGGAUUAUGGUCGAGAUUAUGAACAAUAAGGGGCUGUAACCAUAAGAUAUGAGUAAGUCUACAAAGCUGGAUUGACCACCCUUAUUUCUCUUUUCUAGUUAUCAUGUCUAACAGUAAUAAUAUUUUCGCUCUUGUCUGGUAUGCAAAGGAAACAACUGGAGAAAAAAGACUGUAUUUUAUCCCAAUUGUGCUUGCAAAUCAGUUCACAGAGCAAGGAUUUUGGGUGUUCUGUAUUUUGAUUGCCUCAAACUUGUUCCAUUUAGUUUUCUUUUUCUUGAUAUUGGGUGUUCUGUAUUUUGAUUGCCUCAAAAUUGUUCACAUCUCUGUAGGCUUUUUUUGGUGGUCGUGGUUGUUUUUUGUUGUUGUCUUUAUUAGUGUGUUGUGUUUAAAUUGUUAAACUGAAUCAUGUUUAAAUUGUUUAUUAUGAACUUCCGAUGGAUCCUUCAAACUACAUACCACA